AUCAGAAUCUGGACACUGAAGCAGCAGCUCGUCUAUAUGAAGAGAGCAAGACACUCUAGAGGAAAUUCUGUCAUUCCAGACAGUAACACACAGUGCAAUUAAUUCAGAAUUAUUUAUCAUGUUUUAUCCAGAAUCAUGCUAUAAAAGUGCAAAAUGGACAAUGUUCUGACAGGAACUUUGAAGGCGAGGUGAUGAAGGCUCUUUGGGCAUUCAGGUGUACGUGAACUGCGAGAACAGCUCAGGGGCUUGUGUCCACCGAGAGCGGUUCGAUUUCAACGCAGAGCCCCCUUGGGAUCCUAGCUGAUAGCUGGAGAGGUCGACCUCUGACCUGUCCCUGUAGGUUCACAUUGCUGUACCCUCACUUCUGGUGUGUUACUUGAAUAUCGCUAGGACCCAAGAGCUCUGAGUGUUCUCAUAAAUAGGUGACCUGUUUUAUGCCAGUCAGAUUACGGAUGAGUAUGAAGGGAACGCCGGAUGAUCCGUACUUUUCUGUUGAGCUGCUGGAAGGAAACGCAGCUCUCCGAGAUGUGAUCGAUAAACACAUCCACGAUCAAACUCUUGCACUGAAGAGUGCAUUUUUGGUUGCCGACUUAGGGGUGAUUGUGCGGCAGCAAGUUCGCUGGAGAACUAAAAUGGACCAGAUUCGGCCGUUCUACACAAUCAGGAGCAACAGCAGCCCUGUGGUCGUAGAAAUCCUGGCGGCUCUCGGCACGGGCUUCGUUUGUUCAAACAAACAUGAGCUGGACUUGGUGAAAGACUUUGGCGUCCCGUCUCAGGACAUCAUUCUCGGCGGCACGUGCAAACAGCUCUCCCAUAUCAAAUACGCAGCCAAACACAACAUCCCCCUCCUGGUUUGUGAUAACGAGGUGGAGCUGAGGAAGAUUGCACGAUGCCAUCCCAAAGCAAAGGUGUUGCUGCUGUUGACAUCGGAGAGGUGCUGCGAUCGAGAGGAGACGGCCCUACCGUUCGGCUCCACACUAAAGGACUGCAGACAUCUGCUGGAGCGUGCCAGAGAGCUCAGCUUGCACGUUACAGGAGUCAAAUUCAACAUUCCCAGUUGUUGUCAGGAUGCACAAGCGUUCUCUCGUGCGGUUUCUGACGCCCGCUGUGUCUUUGAUAUGGCGGAGGAGCUGGGCUUUGAGAUGAGUGUUCUGGACGUCGGAGGUGGCUUUGAUGGAAGUGAGGCGCAGUUAGACGAGGUCAACCAGAUGCUGAAGCCCAUGCUGGACAUGUAUUUCCCUCUUUCGACCGGAUUGACCAUCAUCGCUGAACCCGGAGCUUAUUAUGUGUCUUCUGCCUUCACGCUGGCCGUGAAUAUAAUCGCCAAGAAAACAGUGGCUCGUGAUUUCAGUGGUCAACCACACAAUGCACUGUCUGCAAACGAUGAGCCUGAGUUUCUCUACUACAUGAACGAUGGGGUUUAUGGGUCUUUUUCCAGUAAGCUACUGUGUGAAGAUUCAAUACCAAUGCCUUUGGCACACAAGGAGGUGAGCGCAGAAGAGCCGCUGUUCUCCAGCAGUCUGUGGGGUCCGUCUGAUGAUGAUCUGGAUCAGGUCCUGGAGCGAUGUCUGCUGCCGGAGCUCAGUGUCGGAGACUGGCUGCUCUUCAGCAACGCCGGGGCCACAUUCAGUAACGGAGAGGAACACAACCCACCCGUCUUCUACAGCAUCACUGAAUCCGACUGGCAAGAGCUUCAUAAUUGUGGAAUCACGUUGGACGUGAGGAUGAAGAAUUUCUCUCUGGUACCAUGCUGCCUGCAAGCAAACAUAUCUGAAGCAUCCCUUUCCACCCCGGCGUGACGUAAAGCCUCUUAAAAGUCAUUAUUUUGACUGAGUUUAUGCACUUACGAACCUGGAAUCUUCUAAGAAGCUUCAGUUGCUUUGAAGAAGUUUAACUGCGACCAGAUCUUAACAAUAACUGAUGGAUAUACAGCAGAUAGAUGCGAUUAGCUUUAACAAAUGGCACUGUCGGUGUUUACAGAUACACUUAAUUAUAUUCAAUCCGUUUUAUGAAUAUGUAUACACACACAGUAUUUCCACUUACUAAAGGAAUCAGUCAUGUACCCAAAAGGCGAAGUUAUUUAUUAAAACUAAAGUCUGGUUUCAUGACGCCAUUAGACGCUUUUAAAGAGACAUGCACUUGUUUUUUGUUAUUUGUAUUAAUGAACUGGAAAAUUGUGAUCUUUGUCCUGUUUGAAACUUUUGCGGGAAUAGUUCAGGAAGAGCACUGUGAUAUGGACAAAAUACAA